UAGGACUUAGCAGUUUUCUUGGUUUUCUUUGCACCUGGGCUUCUUCAUAACAUUGAUAGCCGGUCGGGCUUCAAACCAAUUUUUAGGACUUAGCCGUUUUCUUCCAGAUAACAUAUUACAACACUGAUGGCCGGUCGGGCUUCAGGUUGACAUUUAGGACUUAGCAUUUUUCUAAACAGCAAGCCCCUGUGAUCUUUGCUAAUCCUCUGUAAGCCCGUCCGGGGUACGUGCACAAAAAAUGAAUCAUAAAUGCCCCAGAUUAGUCGUAACCACCCAAUGCCACGUGUUGCUCAUGGAUUAGGGAUUUGUGUGGCACUUUCCCUAUUUAUAGAGAGGUGCUUCCCCUAAUUUCUCCUGCUGUUUUCUCAUUUUUCCUCAAGCUUUCUCUCUCUAGAAUCCCCAGAAUUCCCUUGCAUACUCUCAUGCCUUCUCUCUCUAGAAUUCCCAGAGUUCUUUCAGCGUUCUUAUGUACUACUCCUCUAGCUCAGAAUCUGAAGAGAUGCCUUUGAUUCGCAAAAGCAAAACAUCCGCUGGUAACCAGGCCGAAGGCUCUUUGUCCCAAACACCUAAACCCGCCAAUCCUCAGGCCAGCAAACAUAUCGAACUGCCACAGGAGGACGGAUGUCUGUCCGGAGAUGAACUCCAAGUUUACAACAAGGGGAUGCCCGAGCGGCCACCCCGCAUUGCCCUACACUUCAAUCGCAUACGCAAACACAAACAACGUCUCCCAGAAGAUGUUGAACGGCAACUCAGCCAGUUGUUGCCCCCACUAAGAGAAUACUAUGCCGGAUUCAUUCGGCACCCUAUGAGGCACCGACCGAGGCACGUGCUAGUGCACCUUGAUGCUCUGACUGCUGGACUUCGGUUCCCUCUCCAUUCAUUCAUAGUGGAGUUCUUACGCUGGGUUGCUGUACUGCUCGCUCAGUUCGUGCCCAGCUCCUACCGCAUUCUGACAGGCUUCAUUAUCCGGUGCCACGAGUUGAGGAUUACCCCAAGCGCCGAUCUGUUCCUUUAUCAUUACUGCUAUCAGCCCUACUGGACGACCGGGUACCUGAAACUGGUAGCUCGUUCUGACCGUCAGCUGUUCACAGAGAACGUUACCCUGCAGGCUGACUGGGAGGAGCGGUUUUUGUUCGUUCGGGUAGGUGAUUCUCUGCCAUUCCCGGAUAGGUGGAACGCAUAUCCCGUUCGGGAUUCUCUGCCCAGGGUAGACGCCGUUCUACGCUCCCAAGCUGAGUCUUUGCGGAUGGGAGGGACCAGAAGUCUUCGCAGCUUUGUCACCACUUCGAGCAUGUUAUCUGCUAGAAUCGGUAAACAUAGUAGGGCUUUAACCCGAUCAUCCUUCGCUCUCACAAUUCAACUUCUUAUCUUUUAUUUCUCUUUCUUUUAGGCGUGAUAUCUCUCAUACCCGUUCGGCGCUCUAUCUCUUCUGCUAAAGGGAAGGAGAAGAUGAUAGCCGAUCGUGACUCGGCGGAGCAAACCCGCAAAAAGCGCAAAGGAAAUGAUGGCGAUCACCUGAUCCCGAUCGACCAUGUGGUUGAUUUGACCGGGCCGGAGGUCGAGCCCAAAAGAUCGGCGUCUGCCAACAAACCAACUCCGGUUCUUACUGCCACACCGAUCGAUGAUCGGAUGUUUGUUGAGUUUUCAAAUAUGGGGCCCAGAUCAGAGGGGAGGUAUCUGUUCGGGCUGAUGCCAUCUUCAAUGUGGUGUCAUACUGCGAUCAAAGUUCCCCCGAGCUUCACCAACUUGACUCACUGGUCGGAUCUUUUUGAAGCAGGUCACCAGGAAGCACUCAAGGCUGGCGUGUAUUAUCACAAGGCCUUUCUUGCCGCUGAGAAGGAGAUGAAAGCCCUGGCCAGCGAUCGGGAUGAUGGCCAGGUCCUCCUUUCUGCCGCUCGGAAGUUAGCGGCCGAUCUUCAAGAGCAGGCCAAAGAGGGUGAGAAGGCAAAAGCUGCUCUGGCCGAGAUGCAGGAGAUGUCCCGUCGUCGCGAUCGGGAGCUUAAAGAACUCCGGGCCAAGGUGCGGGCUGCUGAGUCUGCUGGUAUUAAAUUUGACAAAACUGUUGGCGACCAUCUGCCCGAACCCUAUACGGUCAAUACUUCCCAGAUUGCUCAACAAUCGAUAGUGGAUUUUCAACGGGGAAAGGGCCUGAACGUCGCUCUGGAGAACACGGUCCGGCAAUUCCUGGGUCCUCACCUUGGGCAAUUCUUGCGUGAAAGUGAAGAUCCCAUCAAAGCAGGGAUCGAUCUCCUGGACAGCACGCCGGAAGGGAAAUCCUUUUUGGAUGUCCUGACCGAGAAAACUGUGAGGCAGAGUCAUGACCUGCUUCUGGACAGGAACCUUGAAUUGAUCCUCGAGCAUUUCCCCAAGUCGUUCGAUCCCGACGAAUUAGGCUUUGACGAUCUGUUCGGGAAUACAUAUGAUCGCAUUAUGGAGAAAAGGUCCAAAGGAGCGCCUGAUGAUGCAGUGCAAGCAGGGAACUCUCAGCCUACAUCCUCCCCGAACGGCAAUCCUCCAGUAGUGUAGCCUUUCCUUAUCUGUUGUCUCUUUUCUUGUAUAUUCAUUCUUCUUGUAUAUUCCGGCUAGUAAUGCCGAAGAAUAAACUGGACUUCUUCCUUUGUCUGUUGUAUUUUUUCUAUUCUUCCUUUGAUUUUUUGUUCACAAUCUUCUCUACGUGGCCGAACCUCACUUGGCUCAUGUAUCUUUAUAUCUGACACCUUUCCCGAACCCAUUUGAUCCCUUUUUUUGUUCGUGACGCACGGGUUCAAAACUCUUAGUUGAGGUGAAUUCCUCUAAGCCGUUUUGAUCGUGACCACAGGGUCAAACUCUCAGCUGGGAUAGGGGCUCCCUCCAAACUGUUAACACGUUCGACAUUCGGUCAUCCGGAAUGAUUUCACGUGUUAACAAGCUGAGGUGAGACUCUCUUCACAAUUGUUCUGACACCUUUCCCGAACCCGUUUUGAUCCCUUUUCCUGUUCGUGACGCACGGGUUCAAAACUCUUAGCUGAGGUGAAUUCCUCCAAGUCGUUUUGAUCGUGACCACAGGGUCAAACUCUCGGCUGGGAUAGGGUCUCCCUCCAAACUGCUAACCCGUUCGUCAUUCGGUCAUCCAGAAUGAUUUCAUGCGUUAACAAGCUGAGGUGAGGCUAUCUCCCUUCCAAACCCAUAAUUCCGAUGCAUUCCGAACUGUUCUCUCUGGCUCGUAUCAUCCAUAUUAGGGGUCUGAGGUAACCCUUUUCGAACUGUAAGCAAGAUCACCGAAUUUGGGUCAUUCCUUACUUAUAGCUAAAAGGGCGACUAGCUUCCAAGUCAAGUUUUAUGACUGAGGCGAGAUUUUUCAAAACCAUAGUUCCGAUUCCCCGGGCGACAAUCCGUACCUUAUCCGAACGUCGCUCGGUUAAUCCAUAUCUUACGGUCUUGACACCAUCUCCAAGCCGUUUUGAUCCCUUUGCCCGUACGUAAUUACAGGGUCGACUUUGGCUAAGUUGACGACUCAGCUCCCUCCAAGCUGUUAACUCGUUCGUCAUUCGGUCAUCCAGAAUGAUUCUACGUGUUAACAAGCUGAGGUGAGAAUCACUGUCCUUCGAACUCCAGGCCAUUUUGAUCCCUUCAUCAAUGCGUAAUUACAGGGUCAAAACUCUUGCUGAAAUAAUGGCUCCCUCCAAACUGCUAAUAUGUUCGUCAUUCGGUUUUCCAGAAUCGAUUCUCAUAUUAACCGCUGAGGUGAGACUAUCUGAGCGUCAAACUCCCAGCCGUUGGCUGAGGAUGACUUUCCUUCCAUGUUGUUGACUCGUUCGUCAUUCGAUCAUCCGGAAUGAUUGAGUUAACCACGGGCACCGAUUUUAUGAGCCUCAAUUCUUCAAGCCGUUUUUUAUCCCUUUAUUCUUACAUAAAUCUAGGGUCAAAAACUCUCUAAACUGAGAAUUGAUUUUCCUUCCAUGUUGUUAACCCGUUCGUCAUUCGGUCAUCCGGAAUGAUUGAGUUAACCACGGGCACCGAUUUUCUGAGCCUCAAUUCUUCAAGCCGUUUUUUAUCCCUUUAUUCUUUCAUAAAUCUAUGGUCAAAAACUCCCUAAGCUGAGAAUUGAUUUUCCUUCCAUGUUGUUAACUCGUUCGUCAUUCGGUCAUCCGGAAUGAUCGAGUUAACCAUGGGCUGAGUUUGUGUGGAAGUUAUGUCUCCCUCUCUAUUUUUUUUUAGGUGGCAACAGUCGUUUUUAUUGAUAAAAUUUCCUCAGAUGCUCCACAUUCCAAGUUCCUGCCGGUCGGCCUUCAGUAUUUUGUAGGCCAAACGUUCCUGAAGCAUACUUCUUACAUACUUGGUAGGGGCCUUCCCAAUUUUGUGCCAUUUUGCCCCCUUCGAGCGGUUUGCUUUUCUCUCUCUUUCUUAGCACCAGGUCCCCUACCUCGAUUGAACGAACUUUAACCUGCUUGUCAAAAUAUCUUCUCGUGGCUCUGUGAUACUCUUCCAUUCGUGUCGCUGCCAGAUCCCUUCUUUCUUCUAUGAAAUGCAUUUCGGCCCGUAAGUUGUCUUCAUUCUGUUCUGGGCUGUAAUGCACCGUUCGGUGUGUGGGAACUAGGAUCUCCGUUGGUACUUUGGCCUGGAAACCAUAGGCAAGGGCAAAUGGAGUCUCUCUCGUGGCCGUUCGGGGUGUGGUCAUGUAAGUCCACAGAAUAUAAUUCAACUGAUCAGGCCACGAUGAGGAGUAUUCUUCCAGCUUCUUCUUCAUACCAUCCAUGAUAGUUCGGUUCAUAUUUUCUACCUGGCCAUUUGCCUGAGGGUAUGCGACAGACGCUCUGGAAUGCUUAAUUCCCCAUUUGACCAGGUAGUUCUCAAAAUUCCGGCUCACGAACUGCCUUCCAUUGUCAGUUACAAUCUGUUCAGGGAUUCCGAACCGGCAAAUGAUAUUUUUCCAGACAAACUUAUGGCAUUUAACAUCUGUGAUGCUGGCCAGUGACUCGGCCUCUACCCAUUUGGUGAAGUAAUCUAUCCCCACAAUGAUGUACUUGUUGUUUCCAGGUGCAGUAGGUAGAGGACCUAACAGGUCUAUUCCCCAUCUUGCGAAUGGAAGGGCCACCGUCAUUGGAGUGUAGAAAGUGGCAGGCCGUCCGGGGACCGGCGCGUAUAGUUGGCAUACCUUACAUUUCCUAGUAUGCGCGAAGCAGUCCUGUUGGAUAGUUGGCCAAUAAUACCCUUGCAAGAUGAUUUUUCUGGCCAGUGUCUUGGGCCCUUGGUGGCUGGAACAGAUACCUUCAUGAAUUUCUUCCAUUACAGCUGUCGCUAGAUCGGGUGGGAGGCAUUUCAGAUACGGCCCACCAAAUUUCUUUUUGUACAGUUGCCCGUCCACCAAUUCGAACAUGGAAGCUCUCCUCUGGAUGCAUUUUUUUUUAUAAGCAGGAUUUUUAUCUUGUGGGAGGGUUCCGUCUUUCAGGUAGUUGGUCAUAUCUACGACCCAGCUCGGGAUGGCAUAAGAUAUGGCCUCGAUCUGGAGCACCAUGAUUGUUGGGGUUGCCAAUGUUUCCCGAUGGGCAAAACGUUGGAUAUGAGCCGGGAUCUCCUGUGCCCGAUCGUCGAACGCUGCAUUCUCUAAUUUGGACAGGAUAUCUGCUUCAGUAUUUUCGAUUCUGGAUAUCUGGUCGAGCAUCACCUGUUCAAAUUUACGUAUCUGCUCCUCGACCAUUUCCUUGUAGGCCUUCAUCCUUUCUUCUUUGGCCUCAGCAGUGCCGUUUACUUGAUGUACCACCAAUUGAUUGUCCGAUCGGACUUUUAACCGAUCGGCGCCCAGGGCCCUUUCAUACUUUAAACCAGCAAUGAGAGCCUCAUAUUCAGCCUCAUUGUUGGUCACAUUGAAAUCAAAAUGAAUAGAAUAAUAUGCUUUGAACCCCUCGGGCGAUGUGAUCACAGCUCCAGCUCCACAACCUUUGGCACUAGAUGCUCCAUCCACAUACAUUUCCCACCAGUUAUCCAGCCCGUUGUUCUCUGAAUCUUUUUCUGAGGGCCGGGUGGUACAUUCUGCAAUGAAAUCUUUCAGGGCCUGCCCUUUGAUAGUAGGCCGGGGUUUGAAAUCUACCUCGUAUUGCCCGAUCAGGAGACUCCACUUGGUAAUGCGCCCACUUGCCAUAGGAUUUCUCAAGAUGGUGGCUAAUGGCUGGGUAGUAUAUACAGUUAUCGGGUGGGUCUGGAAAUACGGGGCCAUCCGUUUAAUGGCAGCUAUCAGGGCCAGUACAUUCUUCUCUAGCAAGCUGUACCUGGUUUCUGGGCCGUUCAACGCCUUGCUCACAAAAUAGAUUGGUCGUUGAACGCCAUCUUCUUCUUUCAACAGUACUGUGCUUACGGCCAAGUCAGCUACAGCAAGGUACAUAUACAGAUGUUCCCCUGGUUCGGGUUUUGUCAAGACCAGGGGGAAGACAGAUAUGUCUUGAAAUCCUCAAAGGCCGUUUGGCAUUCGGCCGUCCAUUCGAAAGGGUUGGCUUUCUUCAUGAUCUGGAAGAACGGGAUAGCUCGAUCGACCAGUUUGGAUAGGAAUCUGCUCAGGGCUGCUAGCCGACCGGUCAAUCUAUGCACUUCCUUGAGAUUUCUCGGAGCCUCCAUGUCCACAAUUGCUUUUACUUUUUCUGGAUUGGGCUCAAUCCCCUUCUCGCUCAUCAUGUACCCCAAAAAUUUGCCUCUUACAGCAAACGCACAUUUCUUGGGAUUCAGCCUCAUAUUCGCCUUUUGCAUUAUCCCGAACACCUUUUCUAUAUCCAGGACAUGGUUUUCCUUCUUUUUGCUUUUGAUCAGGAUGUCAUCAACGUAGGCUUCCAUUGUGACACCCAACACAUCUUUGAACAGCAUCCCGAUCAUCCUCUGGAAGGUUGCCAUUGCGUUCUUUAAUCCGAAUGGCAUGACGAUGUAGCAAAACACGCCAUCCGAAGUAACGAACGCCGUUUUCUCUGCAUCGGCCGGGUGCAUAAAUAUCUGAUGAUAACCCCGGAAAGCAUCCAUGAAGCUCAGUAACUCACAUCCGGCAGUUUCAUCCACUAGCAGAACGAUCCUUGGCACUGGAUAGGGAUCCAUGGGGCAUGCUUUAUUCAGGUCAGAGUAAUCCACGCACAUUCUCCAGGUAGAUUGUUUUGGGGCUAGAACCACAUUGGAUAGCCAUUCUACGUGGAUUACCGGACGGAUGUGCUUUAUCCUUAGCAAGGUAGCCACCUCCUUCUUUGUGAAUUCCCGCCGUUCGGUUGCUUGAUACCGUUUCUUCUGUUGGACUGGUUUUGCAUCAGACCGAACGGUAAGUUUGUGGCAUAUUAUUUCUGGAUCAAUGUCGGGCAUAUCUUCUGGGUGUGCCUCGAACUCCGUUCGGUGGGUUUCCACCUCAAUUGUAUUCACCCGCAUCCCACGAGUGUUCAUCUGUUUCAGGGCCUCCCGAUAACAUGUUCGGGCUGUUGUUGGGUCAGUAUUGGCCACCCCUACCCCAGUGUCUGUAGGGAAUUUGAUGCAUGAGUGGUGGACAGAGGCUAUUGCCUCCAGAUCUUCCAAUCCCGGUCGGCCCAAUAUGGCAUUGUGGGCGCAUUUUAUAUCUACCACCACGAACGUCAUUCGGAGUGACGCUUUGUGGGUUUCAUCCCCAAUUUCAACCAUUAAUUGGAUGGUCCCUUCCGCCUCGAUGCAGUUACCGGUGAAACUUGCCAAUGGGGUCCGUAGGUGGGUCAGUUGGCUCCUUUGUAGACCCAUUUUCUCGAAUGAUUGUAGAUACAAUACAUUCACACUGCUUCCAGUAUCAACCAGUACUCGGCGGAUCAAAGCAUUGUCAAUACAAAUGCUUACCACCAGUUCAUCCCUGUGAGGGCUUGGAGAAUUGGGUAAAUCAGAUGGCCCGAACGUGAUCGGGUCUGUCCUUCCUUUCUUCUGGGGGGGAGCGGAGACGGAUCCCACAUAAAGACUUCGCUCGAACCUUUUCCGUUCGGCGUUCGAAUCUCCGGUAUCCCCGCCCCCAAAUAUGACCUUGACCUCCAUUCGAGGCUUCUUUCCAGGGCCUCCCGAGCCCUCUGGCUCAUCCCUGGGAGGAACAUACACAUCAUUUUGAGGCUGGGCGUCACGUUGAGCAUCCCGGCGCCAGCUAUUAGGUUUCCUGGCCGGUUUUAACGUGCCCAUUGCAUUCGGAUCUUUGUUCACAUAUUUGCCCAGAUGGCCCCUUCGGAUCAGAUCCUCAAUUGCUGUUUGUAGGGCCCUGCAGGCAUUGGUGGCAUGACCCUUUCUGUUGUGAUAUUUACAGAAAGCAUUGUCAUCCGUUCCCAUGAACUGUCCAGAAUCAGUCGGGAUGGGAAUAUUGUCCCUCUCGUGCUGAUAGAUGGUCGUUAUUGAUAGGACCAGGGGUGUAAAUCUCCCUUGUUUGGGAGGUAAAGUUGCCGCUGGGCUAGGACCCAGCCGAUCGGCCAGUCUGAUCGGGGUAGCAAGCGUAAUGACCUUAUCCCUGAUCAUUAUCUCCUCUUCUAGGGCGGCAUGCUUGUGAGCCCUAUCUAACACCUCGGCGUACGCCGUACCCGGAUUCUUCUUCAAUUCUUUGUACAACUCCCCCGUUCGGAGAGCAUUCGUGAACAGGGUAAUGGCGGUAUCAUCUGUCAUGUUUCCUACUGUUAAAGUUUCAUCCCUCCACCUUUUCAGGAAUUGGUUGAGGGUCUCUUUGGCGUUUUGCUUCACGCUGGUCAAAUAGCUGAAGUGCCGUUUGGGAUUGGCACUGGAAGCAAAUUGAGCCAAGAAUAACGCUGAUAACUCGGCAAAGCUAUUGAUUGACCCGGGCUGCAGUGUCCCGAACCACUCCUGGGCAGGCCCCCUGAGCGUGCUAAAAAACAACCGGCAAAUGGCGGCCUCGGGUGCUCCUAGCAGCAUAAGUCCCCCUUGGUAACUCCUCAGAUGUACGUGGGGAUCUCCCACCCCAUCGUAAAUUUGGCCGGUCGGGGGCUUGGCACCCCCUUGGAUAUCCGCGUACAUGAGCUCCUUAGUAAACGGGGAAGUAAUUCUCAGCUGAACUGGUGCAGGUUGUACAGGUACCAUGUUCAUCUGGUCCCGCAUUUCAUUCAUUUGCCUCCUCAUCUCGGCCAUCUCUUCCUCCUGGGCCGUCAAAGGGGGCGGUGGUGGAACCCUCAUAUCCGUACAGUCCCGGUCCCAAUGCCGCUGAGGGGCCCUAGUAUUUUCCCGCUCGGCAUACUGGAAAUGAUGACCGACGGGAGUUGGUCCUCUAGCUUGUGACCUGACCGGGGUUCGGUCACUGGAACUGGGAUGCGCUGCUGGUGGGGUGCUACGUCGAUUAUCCCGAUGGGCAUGCGAACGGGAUGACGCUGUGGUUGUUUCCGCGCGUGGAGUUUCUCCUGUAAAGCUGGAACCUCCUUCCUCUUCGUUCGCCAUAUGCUGCAUGAAUUGGGUCAUGUCACGCAUGGCCCGAGGAUUUCUUCUCAGAGAUUCGGGAAUCACAAAAUCCCCAUUAAAAUGAGGAUACGAUCCUCGACUGGAUUGUCCCUGAGGGUUUUGACUCCCCGGGGUGUGACUCCUCCCGUGACGGUGUGAACCGUCGUUUGUAUGAUAUGAGCUGAUUCUGACCAUUUUUUAAAAAUAGAGGUUUUUUGGAUGUUUAGAAAGUGAAACUUUUUGCAAGUUUCACACAGACGGCGCCAAUGUUGAGGGUAAAUCCCGUAGAUCCGAAAGCCCAACACGAACUUUGGAUAUAUCAGGAAUGGCCCAGAAUCAAAGCGUAUAAGAAAAUAUAAGAUCUGAACUAACUAAAACUCGAAAGCUCACUUGUAUUAAUUAACCAAUCUGAUUACAAGGAAAUUCCCGAUCGGUAUGUCGGAAACUAUGCUUUAAUACAAGAAGUAAGGGCAAAUGAUGCUAUUCUAGAGCCUGAGUGUUGAAAUUCUAACCCUUACAAUGACUUGAAACCUUCUAUUUAUACUAAUGGAGAGCAUGGGCUGCCUCUUGCUGAUUGGCCGUUGUUCCACCGACUUGGUCAUCCAUGCUUCCACUUGCUGAUGUCAUAGUCUGGCAUUAAUUACACCUGGCCACUUGCUGGUUGGCCGUUGCUCGAACGGGAUGUUGGGCUGUACUGAAGAUGCUGUCAAAUUGGCCCAAGUAUGAUAUAUAGUCCGAACUCCGUUCGGUAUGUCUUCUUACUGGGCCAAUCUUUAUUUGGGCCGAACUCCGUUCGGUAUGUCUUCUUACUGGAUCUAUUCAUCAUAGAGUGAUGGGCCCGUUGCUUGGGCUGGAUAUCUUGGGUCUUCCCGAUCUGGGUAUUGGGCCUCUAGGUCAAUAUCCCAACACUUCAUAUUAGUAAUUACAUAUUUAUAACUAAAAUGAAGACUAUUUACAAAAAUGUGACUAAUGACUAUAGUAGUAAUGAAAUUAUAGUAACUUAUGUUCAAUUUUAAACUUAGGUUACUAUGACACUACAUUGUAGCAACUAAUACUCAUAUUUGUGAAAAAUAAAUUUUAUUUUAGUAAUACUUUUGUAAAAAGCCCUUAUUAUUAUUAGUAUUGUGAUAAUUAUUAGGGAAAGUUCCCAAAAUAGGACUAAAACAGUUUGAAAAUUCCAAAACAGGAUUGUCAUGUUUUUUAUUCCUAGAAUAGGACUAAUUACUGACAUGUUUAGAAAAUACUGUCAUGUUUAAAGUCUAAUACUGCCAAAACAUGACAGUAAUUAGUCCUAUUUUGGGAAUAAAAACAUGGCAGUCCUAUUUUGGAAUUUUCAAACUGUUUUAGUCUUAUUUCGGGGAUGGAGCGGGGACAAUGCGGAGGGUGCAUAACCCAACACCUGCCCCAUAUUUAAACGGGGAGGAAAUAAUCCUCCAUACCCGCCCCAACCCCCCAACCCCCCACGGGGCGGGAACGGGGCCCAGGCCCCAUUUCCAUCCUUAUCUACUAUCCUCAAUCAGUCAAUCCCAUUUUAUAUCUUCAUACUCAUAAUAAUUAUAUAUAUUUAUGUCUAUUAUCUAUUUAUACAUUCAUAUAUACUUCCUUCGUCCCAUACUUGUCUUCGGAAGUACAAUUGGCACACAAUUUAAGAUCGUGGGUAUUGUGUGGUAGAGUGAUGUGCAGAGGAGGGAGAAAUGUGUAAGAAUGUGUAAAAAUGUUGUGAAUCACAAAUUCUUUGCUAAAAAGGGAAAGAGAAGAUAAUUUUGGGAUGGAUCAAAAAGAAAAGUAUGAAGAGAUUUUGGUACGGAGGAAGUAUAAAUAUUAAUAUAUUAUACCCAAUAAUGUAAUAUUAUUAAAUAACUAAAGAAAGUGCCCAGACCGGUUUGGGACACGACCAUAGACUGGUCGGGUACCCGGGACCCGGAAUACACGGAUCGGUUCUGUGCCUCCAAUUAUUGAAAUUGGGAUUAAGAUCUGACUAAAGUUGUAUGUGUCCACCCCUAAAUAUGAUUGUUGUAUGUGUCCUCGUAAGAUACAUGUCACACUGAAGUUGUAUGUUCUGGGAAUAAAGGAAAAUUGGAAAUUAUAAGGUUAUAUUUAACUAGGGAUGGAUUCGGGCCGGGUCGGGCCCGGGCUGGGCCUAGGCCCGGUCGGGCCGCCGGUUCAAGAAUAGUGGGCCCGGGACCGGCCCGAGGGUUGGACGGGUCCGGUUCGGGCUGGGCCACCCGCCCGGGUCACGGGUCGGGCCACCCGCCGGGCCGGGCCGGGCCAGGCCGGUUAAAUAUUUUUUUUUUUUAAUUUAUAUUUUAUACUUUAUAGUUUUAUACAAGUAUUAAAAAACAAACUUCAAGUGCAUUUAUUUGAAAUGAAAUAGGAACUACAUUUGAAAAUUAAAUAGGAACUAUAAUUGUUUUUAAUCGGAAUCUCCGGCAUAGGUAGAGCCACCCUCUGUUGUAGAUUCAUCCAUAAAGUGUUGGGAUGGAGUGAUGUCAAUUUCUUGAGCUCUAUGUGCUGCUUUCUGUUCGGAAUAUUUUAUGGUGUUCAAUCUAGUUAGUUAUCUUUGUAUUUGUGUAGUUAUCAAUUAAACGUGUAAUACGGGCCACAAAUGUGUAUCAGCCCGGGGGCUUCCUUGUAACCCGUAAGUUAGCCAACUUCUCCUAUAAAAGGAGGCUAACUUACGGGAACCCCAAAAAAUGAUCGAUAGAGGCUUAGAGUUCAGAGGCGUAGAGAUAGAGAGAUAGGGUUUGCCGCUGCUCUCCUUCUCCAAGGAGAGCAGCGGCCAGUUUACACGGUAUACCAGACUCGUUUGAUUUUCUCCAUAUCUUUCUAUCUGCUUCUUCUUCACUGCUUAUGUUUGUUGUUUGUUAAGUAUACUGGGUCCAACAUUUGGUAUCAGAGCCGAGGCGUGAAACAGGGUGAAUGUAUCUGCGAUUUUCUUGGAUCUAACGAAGAAUGCUCUGCUUUUCUUCUCUUUUUCUUCAUAUAGAGUUUUGCUCCUGUAAUCUUGUUUGUGAAUGAAAAUCUGUAAAAAAAAU